GGGGCUUCCUUUAGUGCGCGUCCGCCCGCAGCGCCGCAUCCUUUGCAGCUCCUCCAGCGCAAGCAGGCCGAGAAGAUGGAGGACAGCGCCAUGGACAUGGAGAGCAUGGGCCCGCUGCGCCCGCAGACCUUCCUCUUCGGCUGCGAGCUUAAAGCGGAGAAGGAGUAUCAGUUCAAAGUAGACGAUGAAGAGAACGAGCAUCAGCUGUCCUUGAGAACGGUUACAUUAGGGGCUGGAGCCAAAGACGAGUUACAUGUUGUAGAAGCAGAAGCACUGGACUACGAAGGCAAUCCUAUCAAAGUAGUACUGGCAUCUCUGAAAAUGUCUGUGCAGCCCACAGUUUCCCUAGGUGGGUUUGAGAUCACGCCACCAGUUGUCUUGAGGUUAAAAUGUGGUUCGGGGCCUGUUUAUGUCAGUGGUCAGCAUCUUGUAGCAUUAGAGGAAGAACCAGAAUCAGAGGAUGAGGAGGAGGAUACAAAAAUUGUGAAUGCUUCAACAAAGAGACCAGCAAGUGGAGGAGGAGCUAAAACACCACAGAAAAAAGCAAAAUUAUCAGAAGACGAUGAGGACGAUGAUGAAGAUGAGGAUGAUGAUGAUGAAGAUGAAGACGACUUGGAUGAUGAUGAGGAAGAGGUUAAAACACCCAUGAAGAAACCUGCCCGUGAGCCAGCUGGAAAAAAUAUGCAGAAAGCAAAGCAAAAUGGAAAAGACUCAAAGCCGUCCACACCAGCAUCUAAAACAAAAACUCCAGAUUCCAAGAAGGACAAAUCUCUAACUCCAAAAACACCAAAAGUCCCUCUGUCGUUAGAGGAGAUCAAAGCAAAAAUGCAAGCCUCUGUAGACAAGGGUUGUUCCCUUCCGAAGCUGGAGCCCAAAUUUGCCAACUAUGUUAAGAAUUGCUUCAGGACGGAGGACCAAAAGGUCAUUCAAGCUCUCUGGCAAUGGAGACAGACUCUGUAAGAGAACAGUUCAAACAGUUUGUUAAAAUCUGCAGUCUUACUUCUGUAACCGUUAUUUGGCUGUCCUUUUUACAAAUGCUGAAAGAGCUUUCCCUACAGUGUCUGAUAAAUGUCAUCCAGAUUACCUUGCCAAGAAUGUGUUGUCCAAAAUGCCUGUUUAGUUUUUAAAGACGGGACUCCACCCUCAGCUUCAUUUUAAGUAUGUAUGGAAUGUUUUGAUAAGGCAUGGUGGUGUGGUGGUGGUGGUCAGACAAAUGGAAAUGGUGGGAAGACUAAAUGUACGUGGAAAAUAAAAUAAAAUUUAGUAUUUUAAUAAAGUACUAUCGUUUCUUUCUUUAUGGGUUGGGGGUAGUCUGCAUACCAAACCCAGAAGAUAGCAGGGCUUUUAAGUUCUCCUAGGAGCUACUGCUAACUGUUUUAGCUACUUCUGUUUAGCAAUUACACAUCAGUCUCAGUUAUGUUGUCAGCUUUAAGAACAGCCAUAGCCCAGUUCCAGGAGCUCCACAGCUACCAGGCAAAUGGCUUAGUGAGAAGACUUAGUGGUAAGCGGGACUUUAUUCUUGUCUGGAAGUGACCACUAAUUAUGUAAUUGCAUACAACAGCCCUUCCUGCAUCUCAGUUUCUGACUCGCUUCAUUGCUUUUUGGUUUAUGGCUUCAUUCUAACAGCUAAGUUUGUAGGGCUUGUGACUCUGCUUGUAAAAUGUAAUACUUUUGAUUUGGGAACUGCUGGCAGCGCUGUUCCUCUGAGGGGCUGCAGUCUCUGAGGUUGUCUCACUUAAUGACCGGGCUGAGGGUUUUGUGGAGGGGAGCGUAAGCUUGAAUGCUGAAGGAUGUGCCCAGGGAGCUCACAAUGAGGGGGAUCAGUGGCCCAUGGAGAAAUUCCUGGGAAUAACGGAGAGCUAAUCCUCCGCUCUUUUGAAGAUUGAAGACUGCAAAUCCCAAAAGCUCAGAUGGGCAGGUAGUCUGCAUCACGGUUCCUCAGAUCAUUCUCCGAAGCACUUCAGAUAAUGGUUGUCCACGUUCAAACUUAAUCCUCCUAUUUAAAUGGGGCGAAGCAUGUUCAAUCCUUACACUGGCCUUAGGAGGAAAUUAAUUCUCAGAGUAAACACGAUGCUUGCUAAGCAGCAAUUGUCCUUUGAUAUGGCUGAGAUGACAAAGUGGAGCCUCACUAGCUAUUUUAUUUUUGAUGAUUGCCUACUAGUGAUACUAAGGAUAAUUUAAAGUAACUUGUUGGACUGUUUUCAGUUGCUAUAUGAAGUACAAAUGCCAAGGUGUUAAGUCAGUGGUAUGUGAAGGGAGGAAGGAAAGCAUGGAUGAUAUACCUGGCACUGUGAAUUUGUUCUCGAAGCUCUUGUCUAAAUGCUGUAUCGCUUCAGGUGCUUGAAUGCUCUCUCUGUGUAGUAACUGCAGUAAUGGUAUGAAGACCAAAACAACAUUAAUAAAUGGUGACAAUUAAACUUGA